UCUGCGGCAAGAAGUGACUUGUUGACUCAUCGAGGAUUCAAACAGAUAAGUAGGGCACAGGUGCGACAUUGGGUGUUUUCAACCCUCUCAUACUGUGUAACAAACUUGCAUGGAAAUAUCUUUAUUUUUUCUUGUUACUUUUACAUUUUGACCUCGUAAUUUGGGACUAAACUGAGUAUUGAGGGGUUUAAACAUUGUGACUGACUAUAGGUUACUUUUUUAUUGAAUGAGAAUGCCAUGCACUUGUCUCAAUGUAAUUGUACUGCAUUCAACAAUAAACACGUACACGUACAGUAUUUUGCUUUGCAAGAUGUUCCUUUCUUAAACUAGGCAGUGACAGAAGGAAUCGCUUUUACCAACAGCUAAUACUGGAAAAACAUAAACUGGAGCACAACAAAUAUGUGAGAGGCACACAGUAGGCCUAUGGGAUAUGUUGCGUGAUUUAGCCUACAAUGUGUUAUAUGCAGCAUAGCAACAUGGCUUACAAAUGUACUUUGUGUGGGAUCCAGGUUAUGUGUCUUCCUAAAGCAAAUUACACUCACUGGAGGUAUCAACAACACUUCACUUGAAAUGUUAAGCCUUUAGUGAAGCAGAACUUCCCUGAAACCACUUAUCUGGCUCUGUAAGCUACUUGAUUGCCUUGAUUCCAAUAGCAUAGAAAUGCAGAGUGACUGAGGUGUAACUGGACAUGGGUCCAGCCACCUGUCUGUCUAUGGUCUUCGCAUGGUCUUGCUGACACUCAAUUAGUCUUAAGUGUACUUUCAUUUGUACCCGUCAAUCAAUUUUCUAAUUACUGGGGUUCAAAAGGGAAGGAGAUCGCUGUUGAUCAGUUGAAAAAAAAAACCCAUCUUGGUUAGGAUAUGAAAUGUGUCCUUACAAAUUCCAUGUUUCCUGUCUACCUUAACGCGUGAAGGGAGAGAAGCAUAAAACAGUAAAAAAAAAAAAAGACAGAAAGAAAAGAAAAAAGGAAAGAAAAAAGAAAUAAAUGAUUUUAAAAACAAAAGCACAGAACAAAAAAUUGACCACUGAGUUCUCAGUGCUUAAUACCCUCUGCCUGAGUGGGGUAGGCAUGUCAUGUCCAAUCUUAUCCAGUGUGGCCUUUGCCCAGUAAGUUAAAAUGUCCAACAGGAAAAUGCAUUACAGUUGUGUUGAACCAUCUAAACUGGAGGACGCCACGCCACGCCACACCAGAGCAGAGCAGACCACCAGACCACCCUUCUCCUCCACGCUAAUGGAAAACCUGCCCAUCGCGAUUAUACGGACCAGAAAACAGCUGAGGAGUCCCCCGGGACGCGCUCCUCGGGAUUAGGGGGCAGAUCUAGUUUACAACACAGGGGCACUGGACGUGGUAAAUCCAUUUUUUACAACGUGAAAUGAUGAUUGCUUCAGGACCCCCUGACAGUCCCUUCAUGUAAAUUACUACUAAUCGACUUGCCCAAUAAGAAUGCCUUAUAGGCCUAUAUUUUUUACCUGACAGUGUGGUGAAAAGAAUUGGUAUGGUGUGGAUUUCAACUUUACAGCAAACAAAGGUAUUUCUCAUACUCAGGUCUGUAUGCGGUAGGCAAAAGUGACCUCUCUUAAGACCGUUUAAUUUUGAUUGAUGUUGCGGGCGUGAUAUUUUGUCCGUUUAUUAUACCCCACGGAUUCAGUCAUGUUGCCAAACGCCAAUUUCCCAUGGGGAUGCGACGCAUGUCUCCCACACCCAACCCCCCUGACAGCAUACUCUCCUCUGUGGCAACCCUAUUUCCUGAAUAUAAUUGUUUGUUCCCCCUGCGUGAGAGAUCAUGACACAUUCCACCUCACCCUCCGCGAGGAAUUGAGUUAUUUGGCCAGAAGAGACAAAUUGGACCACCAAAGAGCAAAGGAAGUUUCAAAUGAUGAGAUACAGGACGACACAUCUAACAUAUCCGAAAAAAAUGAAUAACACAUCUUUAACCUGUUCUCUGUUUUCAUCCGACUUUAUUUCACUACCAUUGAGUUUGACUUAGCAAAUCUCAGCAGCCUUAUUUGAGUUGCAGCGCCUCCAACAAUCGACUACACCAUGCACCCAGGACAAGCGUUGAACACAACCAUAUAACAACCUGGACAUUAAUGGCUUUAUUUUGGUCGCUAUUGCUGUCUGGUUAUCUUAAAACACCUCCUGUGUUCUUGUGAUAAGAUUAUUAUGGCGACUUACGAGGUUAAUGCGCACAAUGCGGCACUAAAGGCGGCCGUAAAGAAAAAUAGAGUAGCACCUCAAUUAACUAUUGUGUUCAAGCGACUCCCUGAUAGACUUCUCUCCUUGCUAGGAGAACAAAAAGCGCGGUGAUAAUGCUACAUUACAGGUCUCUCUCUUUAUCUCAUGACUGCUGUUAGUUUAUUAACCAUUAUAGCCUACAAAAGGAGCCCAGUGUGGCGUGGUCAGCCCCUGCGUGGUCGUUUCCACACAAAGGAUAACUAACGAACGAUUACUUGCCCUAUUGUAUGAUACCUAGUUUUUUUUUAAUCAAACAGAAAACUGAAAUGAAAACGGCACAAAAAGCUAGUCCCCCGAUCCAUGAAAAUGGAGUGUGACGCGUGGAUGAACGAGUGGAGAUGACAGGAAAGGGCAACUAUUAGUCAUUAUCGACAGUUUAUGAAUAAUUGAUAAAAUAAUUUCAGUGGCUCGGAAGAGAAAAGAAAACGACAGCAUCCCCACCGAUUCAGCAGAUGCAAGCUUGGUUGGCGCACGUGCCCCGUACUUGUUGCGUUGCCGUUGAACCCCAAAAAACUGGUACUUCGCUGGAGCUUUUUAGUUCUAUAAAUCAUCAAGAAAGCAGCUUGAUUCUAGCUGAUCACUUAAGGUUUUAGGGUUCUCAUUUAACAUGGUCGUUAAAAUCUCUCAACUGUGUUGGCUGGUCAGAGCAGUGAGUAGUAGGCUAGUAAUUCAAAAGGGCACCCUGAACGCGCCAUUCACCGCAACCCAGACACGGAUAAAUAGAAAACGGUAGAGGGAGGGUUAGGGAGUUGAUGAGGUUCCUUCGCAGGGCACUUGGAAUGGUGUCAUAUUUGGAAGUGCUACAGGCAACGGUGCUGACUUGCACAUGGUUCCCAGACAAGCCGAAUGGAUGGAAUUUAAGGGCUCUGCACAAGUUUUUGGGAAACAUAUGCCAUCUUUGCGGAUAUCCAGGAUAGAAUAUGCGAGGAUAAUCUGACAUCAUUCCAGGGAUUAUUGCAUUCUCACAUGGCGUCACCGGGAAUUAAGGGGGAUGAUACCACAGACCCCACAUCUGUGGAACUGAUUGCACUUGAUUUGGACACGGAUGUAAUAUUUGGACACACGAGCCAUUUUGAGAGAAGGAAAGCAAAGGUAUGUCUUUGUCUUGGAUACCAUAGCUACUUUGUGGUAGUUUAGUCAUGUGUCUGACACGCGCAAGGUACUUUCAGCACCAAGAACAGCGUGUAGACGCUCCAGCACCGGCUGCUGUGGUGCGCGCCACGAGGAACCAUGGAAAUGGAUAAAUAUCGGUGGAACUUUCUUUAAAAAAUAAAAUUAAACAUUGAAAACAAGGCACUUUUAGACAAUUUAAUUUAAAAAUGCAUGGGAGUGUGUGUUAACAUGUUCCAAAAACGGUCACCGCGUAAAUGGAGACGUAAUCGGAGACGGUCCCCAAAAGUUGCAUGGGUGUAUAGGCUAAGCUUACUGUUUUGUGAACGACAAUAGUUUAGAGACGCACGUCAUCAAAGGCUUUAUUUGAAAUUAUUGUUAAGAUGUAUUUCAAAAAUAGUUCAGGACUGUGUCAAACAUCACGUUUUACGCAUUCUGGUUCUGUCCCUCCCAGCUGCUCUAACACCAAUACCCAUGUAGGCCUAUCUAUCUAUCGAAUAUCUAUCAAUCCACCAAUACCCCCACUGUCAGGUUUUAAUCGUUUUGAGAUUAAUUUUACGGAAGUUAUUACAUUUCCUCACACAGCUUUCAACAAUUGGUAUCUGGCACUGUGAUCUAAUGCUGCAGUCUCCAGAAUGGUCAUGUGGCGGCGCCAGUGUAGCGGGGAAAAUAAUAAUACAUUCUCUCUUGCUGUAACAAGUGCCUCUCGCUCACGGUAGCCUAUAGCAGAGGUUUAGUGGCUCUUUGGAUAACGCUAUAUCCAAAAUACAUUUGAAUCAUGUUUGCGUAAUUUCAUUGGUCUUAAAACUAGUUAGCCCAUGUUUACAGAAAAGUAGAUGAGCCUCAUCAUUACACGAUAGCGGGGUCAGGAGGUACCUAUUUAUUGUGGCAUGUUUGAAAAAAAAAAACAAACAAACCUCAACACCUAUGCCAUAUGAUCACUGCGCACUUGUCAAUGAAAUGUAUAGUUUUUAAAAAUGGGUCUGUUGUGAGGUUGCAGAUUCACUGUAUCCGGCCCACCUCGGUAGUUGCUUGCACUAUUUAGCUACAUUUAGAAUGCAAUGUUCGGCAUCCAGAAUUAUCCAAACUUCAGAGUAAAAUGAGUCGUUCAAAGGGGGGUACUCGGAGCGGCAUUCCUCAACUCAACAGAUGCGCGUGUAAAACGGUUUAGCCCUAUCCUGUAGCUAUUCAUAUGGCUACAACUGCUUUGUGGUUUGCAACUGACGACCAGGACAAAAACAAAUUUGCCAUGAAUACUUUCUUAGCACGUGUGUCAUCUCCAUAGAGUCGCGCUGUCUUGUCCAGUAAUCGGUAGGCUACUCGACGCACUGUAUGAGGUAGAAGACAGGCACUCAGCUAAAUCCGAGCUCCACCCCCUUUGUGACUGGGACAGUGGGGCUGCACGGGGCAGCGAGCGGACAAAGUUAGAACCUAUAACUUAAAUCCCCACGGUGCCAAUGCCAGUGUGAGCGGGCAAGCGUCCCAGUUGCACCAGCAUGAUGAGGAUUACUAAGCCAGGUCUCAUCUAACAGGAGGACUACGUGAUAAAAAGCAAUCCUGCAGGGUUUACCAGGCAGUGUAACUAAUCAAUUAUAAAUGAGGCGUCAGUGUUUGGAGAUAAAAGUUAGACUUAGCUGACAGUGUGGGAUUUAACCGACGCGCCUGCAUCAUGUCCUACUCGUACCACUGGAACGCCAACCAAGGUCGCAACCCUGAUUUCAGGAGGUUUACGGUGAGCAUGAUAUUAUAUUGAUUCUUGACUCAUGUAAGCAUGGAGGUUACAGGUGGAUGGGAACAAAACAAGCAUACUGCGUAUAGUGUCUAUAAUUAGUACUGUUAACGGAUGUAGGCCUAAAGCAAACGUGGCGGAGUUGUUUUAAACACUGUUCGAAGUAUGAUCGUCUUCAUACACAUCUGGUAAUUGGAUUGGUUUCAAAACGUGUUGAAGUAAGAUGACUUACUUCACAUGCCUCAGAACAAAUAAUUAUGUUGAUGUACCUUUCUUUCUUGUCUUGCGUAAGGUUGUUGAGGGUUACACAGGGAGAGAGACCCCACUCUCCUCAGGUCUCAACCCCAGGAAGAGGCUUCACUCGGCGGAGGAAGUCAAAUGCGGCAACCGGCCAAACCCGGAGGGUGCGGGCUCGGUGCCCGUGCCAGAGCAAAGUCAGAUGGAGAGUAAAGACGACCCUUUGGAGAGCCUUUGCCAGCGAUGCCAGAUCAUUGCCUCCGAACUAAACAGGCAGGCGAUCACGCUGGCCGAUCCUGGAUCACUGAAGGAUCCGAGCUUCGCCGCCUUCCUGCUCGACAAGCUCCAGGCGCUGGAAUGGCCGCCGCGCGGGAGGCACGCCGGCAGCGCCUGUGAGGUGUGCGGCACCCCCCUCCACCACCUCCGCCGCCUCGCCCUGCAGAAGGCCCUGGAGCUGGCCAGAGACAUGCCCGACCCGCAGCCAGCAGGACCCUUCUCCGGGCUGCUGCCGCCUCGACCGGCCGCGCAGAGCGUCGUGACGUUGCCCUCGGCCUCGGCACACCCGCAGGUGGCGUCGUCGCGGGAAUGGUCCGUUCACCACGCUGCUGCCACCCCCACCACCCCCAGGUCGUUGUCGUCCGCCAAGCCCCAUGGAGGAGCAACGUCGUCUGGGGCCGACAAACAGCAGAGGGAGCAGCAGGGCGGGUGGGUGCCUGGAGCCGGGUCGACAGCAGCCAGUCAGGUGUCCUGCCUGGCGAAGGUCACACCACUGCCUGCCCACGCCCAGCACUACCUGGAGGGGGUGUGGAGCGUCCACAGAGUCAGCAGGUCAUCCCAUCAUCAUCGCCACCACCUUGCUCAGGUAUCCGCUGAUGCUGAUAGAGAGAGCUUGCCCAUGGACAGCCUCAGCCCAGGUUUGAUGAGCUCCCCAUCCUCCAUCUCCUCCCCGACCGGCCAAGUGCACUCCUCCUCUUCCUCCUCCUCCUCCCCCGCCUCCUCCUCCUCCAACUACGCCAGCAGCACCGCGGCCUCCUUCUUCCUCAGGGCCGCUCAGAAGCUGAACCUCUCCAAGCGCAAGAAGCCGCAGCCGCCGCCCCCGUCCCCGCCCGACCCCGACGAGCCGGCCUUCUACGCGGAGGGCUUCAGCGCCACGCUGCAGCUCUCGCCGCCCCCCGUGCCGCCAUGCCUCCUGCGGGCCGGCGCCAAGGUCAAGGACGCCCCCGGCGUGGGGAAGGUGAAAGUGAUGGUGCGGAUAUGCCCCGUGCCAGGUUCCCGUGACACGUCGGAGUCCAUGUCCUUCCUGAAGGUGGACGGCCACAAGAAGCAGCUGACCCUGCUGGAGCCCGCGCCCAGCCUCCCCUCCACCUCCUCCGCACCGCCCACACGCCGCACCUCCGCCGCCGCCCCAAAGAUGUUCGCCUUCGACGCCAUUUUCACCCAGGACGCCUCCCAAGCGGAGGUUUGCUCAGGGACAGUUGCGGAGGUCAUCCAGUCGGUGGUGAACGGAGCAGACGGCUGCAUCUUCUGUUUCGGACACGCCAACCUUGGCAAGACGUUCACCAUGAUUGGCCAGGACAUCUCCACCCAGAGCCUGGGCGUGGCGCCGUGCGCCAUCUCCUGGCUCUUCAAGCUGAUCGAGGAGCGCCGGGAGAAGGUGGGCGCCCGCUUCUCGGUGCGCGUCUCCGCCGUGGAGAUCUGCGGCCGCGACGAGGCCCUCGCCGACCUGCUGUCGCACCUCUCUUCCUCAUCGUCGACGUCGUCAUCGGCGGCGGCGGGUGGUGGUGGUGCUACCGCCGGCGCCGCAGCACAGGACGAUGGCCAGUCCCCCGGGGUCUACCUGCGAGAGGACCCUGUGAGCGGCUCUCAGCUCCAGAACCAGUGUGAGUUGCGGGCCUCGACUGCGGAGCGUGCUGCCUACUACCUGGACGCGGCGCUGGCCGCCCGCAGCACCAGCCACCCCGACUGCCCUGACGAGCAGCGCCGCAACUCCCACAUGCUCUUCACCCUGCACGUCUACCAGUACCGCAUGGAGAAGAGCGCCAAGGGAGGAAUGUCCGGCGGUCGCAGUCGCCUUCACCUGCUGGACCUGGGCAGCUGUGAGCCUGACCUGAGCCAGACCCGCGACGGAGGAGGACGGGGCCAGUGUCUGUCCCUGGGGGCCCUGGGCAACGUCAUCCUGGCGCUGGCCAACGGGGCCAAGCACGUGCCCUACAGGGACAGCAAGCUCACCAUGCUGCUGCGGGAGUCCCUGGGCAACAUCAACUGCCGCACCACCAUGAUUGCCCACAUCUCCCACUCGCCGGCCAAGUACGCCGAGACGCUCAGCACCGUGCAGCUCGCCUCGCGCAUCCACCGCAUGCGGAAGAAGAAAUCCAAGUAUGCAUCUAGUUCAUCAGGAGGAGAGAGUUCUUGCGAGGAAGGGCGAAUUCGUCGACCAGCCCAUCUCAGGCCGUUCCACCCCAGGACCGUGGCACUUGACCCAGACAUGCCCUCCAUGCUGUCCAGCGACCCGGACUACUCGUCCAGCAGCGAGCACUCCUGCGACACGGUCAUCUACGUGGGGCCCGGAGGGGCUCACAUCUCCGACCGGGAGCUGAGUGACAACGAGGGACCGCCCGCCUUCGUGCCGAUCAUCCCCUCCCUGAACAGGAAGCGUGCAAAGGACAGCCCCAAGACGGACGGCGACCACUUCAAAUGCAACACGUUUGCGGAGUUGCAGGAACGUCUGGAGUGCAUCGAUGGCAGCGAGGGCCCAUCCACUUUCGCUGGAGAAGGCAAGGUAGUGCAAGCUGCCCCCAAGGUGAAUAGCGAGGUUGGCAAAACCCCCGAGGAGACUGCUGUGUCUCCCAGGACUACUGCAGCCACAAAGAACUCUUUCCAAAAGCCUUUCAACACCGUUGGGUCCGGCAUCCCAGCUCCGCUCAAGCACGACAAGGAACAUUCCAAAACUCUCUCAGAAUGGGGCACUUCUGAAUCAAGCAACUGUGCAACAACCACAACAGCAACCGCAACCACAACAGCAAAAGACUCAGAACCUGUAGUCAGAGAGAAGGUCUACCUCAACAAAGGACCUCUGUCGAAACCCCAAAUCACUUCUCCGUCUAGCAGAACCCCUAGGGCAUCAGCAGGUGGUGCCAGCAGCCUGCCAGUUGGGCCUGCUGCUGCCGCACGGACACCACCUGUGGGCAUGAGCCAGCAGGCUCUUAGACAGGGUGAGCAGCAGGGAGCAGGAUCUCCUGUCCUGGAGAGAGCCCACCACCACAUGGGACGAAGUCCCCUCGAGGUCAGCCAUCUUCGGGCAGCCCUCCGAGGCCGGUGCCUGGAGAGGGAUGUGCUGAGAACCACCCUCACUCUUCAGCAGCCUGUGGAGCUGAAUGGGGAGGACGAGCUUGUGUUCACUGUGGUGGAGGACCUGCCCCCUGGCCUGAUCCCAGAUAACGGCCGCCCGUCAAGCAUAAUCAGCUUUAACAGCGAUUGCUCCCUGCAGGCUUUGGCGUCGGGUUCGCGGCCCGUUAGCAUCAUUAGCAGCAUUAACGACGAGUUUGAUGCCUACACUUCCCAAGUCGAGACAUCGCAGGCGAGCGCUGCGGCUCUCCGGCAAUCACAGGAAGACCUGUAUGCAUGCCACGCAACUGGACAAUCCUCCAUUGGCUCCUGGCCUAGUGAGAUGAGCGUGUGCACGCUUGAUAGUGAGGCAGCCCAGCCGUUCAAAAGCCACAUACCAAAAGGUAGGCAUGUACAAGCGGACAGCACAUCCUCUGUAUUCGAUUCUCCUGGUGCGCUGCGCAUGGAGCCAUUUUCCCAGAAAGGAGCCAAGAGCUCCCUGGGAGACAGCGGCAUUUUCUUUUCGGAGGUCGACAGCGAGACUGCCAGCCCCUGCAGAUCAUCCCUGAACAAGUGCCCAGCCUCCCCCGAUACUACCAAAGCAUUCCUCAAAGGCCCCAAAUCGACCAGAGCUAACACUCUGACCUCCUCACAGUCCCCACAGCUUCUCCACGGUUCUCACUCCUCGCUACCCAGGAAAACCAAACCUACCUCGUCUGUUGCUCCCGGCCAGAGCUGCAGCCGUGAACUGCCAAGGCAAGAGAGCCGACUGGAAGAGACGUGGCUUCGCAGUGGCGGUUUACUCACCGAGUCUAAACCCACAGACUCAGUGACAUCUGCUGUCAAGUCCAGAAUUGCCAUGAGUAGCGGCCCGGCCAGGAAGCCCAACGGAAACAGCAACAGCGUUCCCCGGCCACCCAAGGUACAAGCUGCCUCCUCUGCCCAAAGGGUGGUGGACGGCUGUGAGCGGAGUAGCAGUAGUAAGAAAACGGAGACCUUCAGCAGGAUGCCACAGCUAAGGCGUGGAGCUACCACUCUUGGAACGGUCUCAGUGCCCCAUACCUCCUCCUCCGAUUCUAAAUGGGGCCAAGAGGGACUGCAAGCAACCGGCAGCCUACGAUUCUCCUCCUUAGGUAAGAAAGGAAAUGCACAAAAGGCUACUGGCCUGCCAAAAUCCGAGAGCAUUUCUCCCCCUGCCCCGCCCCUCCGGAAGUCUAGCCUAGACCAGAGGACCAGGAUUGUUUUGUCUCCAAGUGCCUUGAGGUCAGGUGGCGAUGCAGCCAAGUCCUCACUGCCCAAGACCUCAGCCUCAGAGGAGGACUUUGAUGCUCAACUUAAAGGGGACUCAGCUAGCUUCAGGACAUCCAGUUUGAGGACAUCUUCUAAUCUGAAGGCCAGAGGCGGCAAAGGGGAUAAUGGAAGGUACUUCGGUAGCUUGGUGUCCCUGGAGCGAUGUGACAGUCUCACAUCAGUCGGGUCCAGGCCAACUCUGUCAAGGGAGAACAGUGGUGCUAGCUUGGGAGGUACUAGCAAAUCGAGUAGGAUGGUUCCUCGUCUCGGCAUACCUACUUCGUCCUCAACACCUACCGUAAUCUCCCCACCGUCCUCCACCACCAGUGGAAGCAGACUCGGCCACAUCAAAUCUGGCAUGAGCUCCCGCACCAUCAACCCCAGUGGCACCAAGGCGAAGGUGCUGUCUGCCAAUGCCUCAAAGGCUCUCAGCUCCUCCACCAAAUCCCUUACAACUUCAGCUGCACGCAACGCCAGCCUGCCCCCAUCAGGGAAGACCCCAACUCGUUCAGUGGCAGGCGCCAGCAGCAGCAGCAGCAGCAGUGGCAGUAACGGUGGCAAGCCUGGCAGAGGCACCAUAAUGGGCACAAAGCAGGCGCUUCGUGCCGCAAACAGCAGAGUCAGCGAGUUAGCCUCGGGGAGUCCCAAGAAGCAUUUAAAGGGCUCCGGGGACUCAGCAGAUGGCAAUGACGGUGCUACAAAUCCUAGCGAGACAUCCCCCUCUUCGCCUGCCUGUUUGCCCUCCCCCUACAGCAAGAUCACGGCUCCCCGUAGACCCCAGCGUUACAGCAGCGGGCACGGCAGUGACAACAGCAGCGUCCUUAGCGGAGAGCUACCACCGGCCAUGGGCCGCACUGCCCUGUUCUACCACAGCGGGGGCAGCAGUGGCUACGAGAGCAUGAUCAGGGACAGCGAGACAACAGGCAGCGCCUCCUCUGCCCAUGACUCCAUGAGCGAGAGUGGGGUCUCAACAUCCAGUCGAACAAGGGCUUCCAAGUCACCCAAGAAACGAUCAAAUGGGCUCCAGAGGCGAAGGCUGAUCCCCGCUCCCCUGCCAGACACAUCAUCUCUGAGUCGCAAGCCUGGCACGGCCGGCCAGUGGGUGGACCUGCCACCUCUGGGUGGCACGCUGAAGGAGCCCUUUGAGAUUAAAGUGUACGAGAUUGACGAUGUGGAGAGGCUGCAGAAGCGCAAAGAGGGCAUGGGAGCCGAGCCAUUUCAGGAUGUUGAAAAGGGGUUGCAGUACUUCAACGCGCGGCUCAGGAUGCUGGAGAAGCGUCAGCAGCAGAUCCGCGAGCUGAGGGCCAAGCACGAGAGACUCAAGAGGGAGCUGGAGGAUGCCAAGACCCGGCUCAUGCUCGACCCCGGAAAGUGGAUGGGAGAGUUUGACGUGGACCCGGACCUGGACAUGGACUCGCAGGACUACCUUGAGGCACUCCACCAGGCCACUGGGGAGCUGCAAUUCUGUGUCAACCUCUGCAAGUCUCGCGUCAUGAUGGAGACCUGCUUCGAUAUCGUGGUGACCGGCACCACGGCGACGCAAGGAGGGCACCAGGAAGUUGAAGUCUGAGUAGACGGAAGUGAAAAAGAGGAGGAAGAAGAAGAAGAAGAGGCAGAGAGCAGUUAAUGGAGAGGAGGAGGAGGAGUAGGAGGAAAGAUGUUUCAAGGCAAAGUAUUCAGUGGAUACGCAAAGCAGGAGCUCAAACAAAUGCAACACAAAACGGUGGCGAAAACUGAAGCAGAGAGUGCUAGUGGUCAAAGCCGGAAACAAGGAAGUUGUUGGGACUGACAAAGAGAUAGCCACGGGCUAAGAGAAGGACUGAGCAUAACGAAUCACGACUGACUGACCCUGGAUCAGUUUUUCGUGAAAUCUUACCUGUGUAGACAGAAUGACGAAGAUGUGAACGCAAAGAGUGUCAUCGCCCUCUCCCAUUUAUUAUCGUCAUCAUGUUUUUUCACCAGGAUGUGCCUUGAUCAUUUACGAUCCCGAGGGAUUUAUCUUUCUUUCUGACUUGGUGCUAGUUAUGAAACCAGCUUACCUGAGCAAAACCCUUAUGUAUUCCCUUUCUUUGAGAAAAAAAAUCACAUAAAAGUAUUUUAUAUUAUUGUAUUGUAAUCUGCAUUGUAUUUAUACAUGAUUUUAAUUGCGAAAAAAAACAUUAUGUAAGGGGCAGUAAUAUAUGUAUGUAUAUGUAUAUGUAUAUUUGCAUGUAUAUAUAAAAAUAUGUAUAUUAUUGCUUCCCCCUUCAGGGAGUUAUUCCAGACAGCCGGUUUAAUCACUUUCCUGGGUACCCUCACUUAUAGCAAAGACAUAAAUCACAUAAUAGAGCGGCCAUGUGGCUGCAUCCUCCCAGCAAGGGAGCUGCAAGGGCUCUGCUAGUUGGAGGUUUAUCACUUACAGGACAUCUAGUGAACUUAUCCCGGGUUAGUUAGUAAACCACAUACUUGGAAUCCCUCCCAGACCUUUGCCUUUUUUUGUUAUCAUUGUCAGUUGCACAGUCUUUUUCACCGCCAUUUCCAUCCCCCAUACUCUGAUGGUUGCUUCAAAUAUUGUGCUCGAGAAAUGUUUCCACUCUCUUUUGUGGUGCGCCGAGCGUGUAUCAACAGUGCAAUUUAAUCUCUUGACCACCGGGCCCGCUAAACUCCUUGGCCCCUUCCACUGGUCCAGCGGAGUGAGUCAGUGAGUGAAGGAGGCAGUGAGUGAGUGAGUCAGUGUUGCCAGAUGUGUCUGACCAAAUCCCGCCUAAAAGCAAAAUAUGCUCAAUUCCACCCAAAUUAUACAAUUUACAUUGACUUCUAUGGGCCCAAAACGGCUGAAAAAAACGCCAAAUGGCCAAUUUUCCCCAUUUUUACCCGCAGACACUCAUCCCAAGUAGCCCAAUUUGGCGGGCACCCACCCAAUCUGGCAACACUGGAGUGAGUGAGUGGGCUCUGAAUUGGAUGGAAUGCCGCAGCUCUGGCAGGAGAUGCUCAUCCGUCUCUCUUAGUUACAGUCAUCCGUCAGGGUCUGCUACAAUACCCCCACUCUCUCUUCUCCCACGACUGGAGUGUGUGUGCGUGUGUGUCUCUGUAUGUGUAUGUGUAUGUGUAUGUACAUUUCCAUGAGCAUGUGGCUGCACUCUUACAAGGCCUGACCAGCCAUUAGAUCGUUUUUGAGUGGCACAGUCGGAUGCGUCUCAUAAAUCAGAGUUAGGCGAACACACACACACACACACACACACACAC